ACUGGUUCCUCCCUUUAUGGGCGGAGAAACCAAAGCAACUACAAAUACUGAGAGGCUCUUUGUGGGAUUAGAGACAGACGAGAGGAUAAACGAUUGAGGACGACAGAACAAACACACGGACAGACUUUAAACAGAUUAAACCAUGAGUAAGGACACGGAGAUCGACAUGAAAGAAGUGGAGCUCAAUGAGAUGGAUCCUGAGAAGCAGCCCAUGACGGGCGAUGGCCAGGCUGCAGGCGGAGAGAAAAAUGGCAGCGUGAAGCUGAAGGUUCCUGAAGACGAGGUUACAUUCACCGGCCUGUCCAAAGAGGAGCUGAUGAAGGUUGCUGGUACUCCAGGAUGGGUGAGAACUCGUUGGGUGCUUCUUGUCCUGUUUUGGCUCGGCUGGGUCGGCAUGCUAGCUGGAGCCAUAGUGAUCAUUGUCCAGGCCCCAAGAUGCAAACCCAUCCCUGACAUGAGCUGGUGGAAUGAAGGACCUAUGUACCAGAUCUCUGACGUUAAAGCUUUCUCUUCAGACCUGAAAGGUGUUGAAGCUAAGUUGGAUGACAUGAACCAGUUGAAGGUGAAAGCUCUGGUUCUCGGCCCUAUCCACACUGUCCAGCCCAACAGGUCAGCCACGCUUGAACUUCAACAGAUCGACUCGCCCUUGGGUACGCAGGAUGACCUGAAAGCCGUGCUGGACAAAGCCCACAAGAAGGGCAUCUAUGUGGUGUUAGACCUGACUCCAGACGCCAAGGGAUCUGAUCCCUGGUUCACUGACAAUAUUGAUGAUAUGAUGGAGAAAGUGAAGGCUGCAGCUGAGUACUGGCUGAAUUUUGGUGUUGAUGGCAUCAAGCUGUCUCAGCUCACUGUUGCCACCGAAUCUGCUGAUUGGUCAAAACUGCAGCUGGCUGUCCAGGGCAACCGCACUGAUGACACCAAGAAGAGGGCACUGAUGGGUGUGGUUGAAGGUAUUCCAGCACCAGAGGUGUCUCAUCUGGUUAAUACCUCUGGAGUAGAUCUGGUCUUGUCUGACCUGCUCAGCCGCAAUACUGGAGGUGUGGAGCGCAUCAAGGACAUGGACGACCUCCACUCUGAUCAGAGAAGUGUGGGCUGGGGGCUCGGUGCUGCACAAAAGGACCAGCUGUCUAAACUGGCAACAAGCUGGGGCCUGAUUCGUCUCUACCAGCUUCUGCUAUUCACCAUGCCUGGAACCCCAGUGUUUACCUACGGAGAUGAAAUUGGCCUUGAGGCAACAGCGGAUGCUCCUCAGAUGAUUUGGGAUAUAGAGAAGGAACCUUCAAAGGCUUCCGAGAAUGAGGAUGCUAAGACUCGGCGUACGGAGCGUGUUGAUGUAAGGAAGUGGUUCAAAUCCCUCAGCGACCUGCGAGGUAAAGAGCGCUCUCUCCUCCACGGCGACUACUACUCCCUCUACUCCUCAGAUUCCUCGCUUUCUUUCCUCCGUGUGUGGGAUCAGAGCGAGAGAUACAUAACGGCGGUGAACUGGGGAUCGCAGCCGAAGCAGCUCACACUCAAACUGACACCUACAGAUGGAGUACAGCUGCCAAAGUCGGCUAAGGUGAAGAUGUCGACUGACUCAGACCUUGCAGCUGAUUCCUCCAUCAACCUGGACAAUUUAAAACUAGGAGCUGGACAUGCAGUCCUCCUGCAGUUCCCCUAUACAGCCUAAAGGAGGCGCCAAGCUAUAGGAGAGCUGCACUUGAGAUUUCUGUUUUUUAAAAGAUACUAAAUCCAUAGGAAAAAGAUGAGGCAUUGAAAUGAUAUAGGAUAUUACUUUUUACUGUGAUAAAUAGAAAGUUCCAUCAGUUUACUUAGACAGAGCAUACUUAAAUUGGGUCGAAGAAAAAUCAGCUGUACAGAUACAAAAUAAAGGCCAGUAUCUACUCAUUUGGAUAUUUUUAGGUUGUUUUUGCCGUUUUUAUUGUGCGAGGAAAAGAGUCAGCCACCACAGAUGUGCACUCCUCAAUUGAACGUUUUGUUCUUUUGUGAUGUUUUGUUUAGGUUUUUUUUUACUAUCUGCGCAUUGUCCAAAUGUGCUUCAAACAUUCCAUUCUUGUUCUUUGGGGCAUUUCUGUAGUAACUGUGGUGUUUCUCAUUCAUGACUUUUAAAAUGUUCUGUUUUAGUGACGGUUUUACUUUGUCUUAUGGGCUUUCUUUUUGUUUUUCUCACCAAAAGCCAGAGUCAACUUUGAAAAUGUGUGGCGAUUCAAGUUUGUCAAGUGAACUGAUUUGGAAAUGAAUAAACAGAAAGCUCGGCACUGA